CUGACUCUCAUCUCUCUCUGUCUCUAAUCUUUUUGAUGUUCAUUGAGUUUUUCUCUUUAUUUCCUUUCUAGUACACAAAAUCUUUCUUAUUCCUGAACGUUUUUGCUAAAUUUAGUAAACAAAGAUUUUGUCAGAGGGUUUAGGGUUUAUCAAUCACCCUACACAGAAAACACACACAAAACAAAUCAAGUUUCAUUUACCAAAGCUCUAUUACAACUUUCCUAAAAAGGAAACCUUAAAUACUUCUCUCACACACCAACAGUUUAGUACGAUUCUCAGAAUUUUUCUUACAUCAAUUUUGUUUUCUUUUACCUAAUUAAGAGCUAAACCACCUCCUCACGUCCACCAGUUAUCAGAACACCACAGAGAAAUGUCGUCUUGUCUAAGCGGCGGCGGCACCGCCACCUAUACUUUGGAGUUGAAAAAGAUGAAAUCUCCACCGUCAUCACACAACACUCCUUCACCGUCAUCUACAAUCUCCGAAUCCAACUCUCCUCCGUUCACAAUCUCCACAAGAAGGCCAAGAACUCGGCGUAAACGUCCUAACCAAACUUACAACGAAGCGGCUGCUCUUCUUUCCACCGCAUACCCAAACAUCUUCUCCUCCAAGAGAAAAACUCCAUCAGAUACUCUGUUUCUCGAGACUAAAUCUCCUCUCAGUGAAGCUUCCGAGUUGCUUCUGCCGUUUGAGUUAAUCGAGGAGGAGACAGGUUUCUUGUUCAAUCCCGCGAUACAGACCAAACCGUAUCAGUUCUUGGAGCAGAAUCGGUCUGAGGAAGAUUUUGACACAGGAUGCAUUCUUGGUGAGGAGAUUGAACAAGGGAUAGAUAGUUUUAUGGGGAGCAAUGAAUCUAAUGAUGGAGAAUGUAUGAAGAUGCCUUGGUACACAAGCUUUGAAUCCGCGGGAGAGUUUCCUUUAGGGCUAGGAUUAAAGAACUCUCUCAUGGAAGACAAAGAUGAUGGGAGUUUGUGUAGAUAUCUUACAGUGGAACUCGAACAUAUCUCUCCGAGGAUUCAGACCACCGCAGAACUAGCUGAUGAAGGUAGAUCCGACGCGACGGUGGUUGUAUUAAAGAAAAAGAGGACGAAGAAGAGGAAGAAGAAAGUGGUUGAGGCCUCGGAAUCAAAGAGCGUUGAAGAUUUGAAGACGGAGAAGAGAGUGAGUACGUUUUUGAAGCUUGACUAUGAUAGGGUUUUAGAGGCUUGGUCCGAUAAGGAGUCUCCUUUUUCUGAUGAGUUUCUUGGCUCGCACGCUACCGGUAUAGACAUUCAUGCAAUGUUGGGUGAGAUAGAUUUGUUUGGAGAAAAUGGAAUGAGAGAAGCUAGUGUGUUAAGGUAUAAAGAGAAACGAAUGAAUCGACUCUUCUCAAACUCCAAACAAAUUCGAUAUCAAGUUCGCAAACUCAGUGCCGAUCAACGACCCCGUAUGAAGGGACGAUUUGUGAGACGGUCCAACAUAUUAAGUGGGUUACGAUUAUGAGAAGAAGAAGAGUUGGAAUCUCUUUUAUUUAAUAAUCAAUUUUUUCUUUAUCUGGCUUCUGCUGAAGACUGAAGAGUUUAAAAUACGGACCAACCUUGUUCAGAACGAGCCUACGGUGGUUGCCUUGCUGUACUAUUUUUCCUCCAUGUAAUACACUUAUUGUGUCCGCGUUCUUGAUCGUUGAUAACCGGUGAGCAAUCACCAACGUUGUUCGGUUUGUAAUUAACCGAUCCAAUGCUUGCUGCACCUAAUAUUCAGUCAUAUCAUAUAUUAUAAACCC